CUCCAGCUCAUCUAAACCUUUUUUUCAUUCAUCCCAGAUUUUUUUUAAAUAUCCAGCUUUCUUGUCACCUAUUUUCCGGAUCUAAAGGCGCGCUUUCACAAGAACUAGACCGGCUACGUCGAGAAUCUCAAGGUCUAAUAAACCAAGAAGAAAGAAGGGGAAGAACACAGAUUCAAAAUGCCGCCAAAAAGAAAUCUGCCACCGCCAAAACCGCCGACUACCGGGCGUCGCGCGAUUCCUCAAGACCAAACACAGCAAUCAACACCCGCGGCUCCAUCAGCUACAACAACAACAACAGCAGCAACACCAGCACCGUCAUCAGUUGGAUCUUCAUUCCCCGCGCUAUCAGCGCUGCCGCCGUCGCGGCUUGAUUCGCUCUCUCGACCACGCGCGCUGUCGGCAUCUCCUGGAUCGUCUGGGUCGCCAGGCGGCAGCAGCUCGCUCGGGCUGAAGUUCAAGCCGAAGCUGGUUGCGCGCAGACCGAAAGAAGAGCGCGAGGCCGCAGCUCCGACGGUGGCGCCGCCUAUUCUCCCUGUCGAGCCGUCGUCGCGCGGACGUGGACGGGGCGGCCGCGGUGGGUUUGGAGGCCGAGGGGGCCGCGGCGGCGGAGCGGGACGGGGGAAGAUGGAGCCGGUGGCUAGUAUUGCGUCUGGGCCGUUUGCGGACCCGGUGUUUGGCGAUCCGAGAGCGAGUCGGGCGGCUGCGUUUGAGAGGCGUGCGCCGGCGGAGUAUGGAGGAGCGUCGGGGUCGGGGUCGAGCGAGCGGUCGAUUGGGUUGAUUGCUGCGCUUGCGGCGAAAGAGCGCAAGGGUACGCCUGAGGCAAAUGCGGGGCAUGCUGGCGCGGGAUCAGGCACUGGAGGAUCAGCAGCAGCCCAGGCUGAUGACUACGAGAGCGACGACGAGGCGGUGAGACAGGGUUUCGAGCGGAUCAAUAUCGCGAAAGUCGGCAAGCUGACGGACGACGACGCGCAAGGCUACGCGCGGUACUUUCCUAUCCGCGAGGACUCUGGCGGCGCGAACGCAGAGGACGAGUACGCGAACGACGAGCAGAUCGACGACGCGCUCGUGCAGGAGCGCGAGCAGAGCGAGUUUGUGGACGUGUUUGGCGAAUGGGAUCUCAGCCAACUCGAGCGAAAGUUGUAUUUUUUCCAAUUCGCGCCGGUGCUGCCGGUCGUCAGCGGCGUGAAAGCCGACGACGCGGUCAAGGACGAGCACGAACAAUCAGCUGAUUCUGCGACAUCAACAGGAGGAAAGGCAAAGGCGGCCAAGGCCAAGCCGGCUGCCGCCGCCAGUGGGAUCGGGGCGCAAGCUGCCGAGGGACAGGUCGGGAAGCUAGUGGUGCGCAAGUCAGGCAAGAUCAGUAUCGUGUACGGCGGGAUCGAGAUGGAUAUCGCGAAAGGCGCUCGGACGCAGUUCCUGCAGGAUGUCGUGGUUGUCGACGAUACGCCCGAGGCUGAACAGGCAACGUUAUUGGGUCAGAUAACCGGUAAGGUUGUGGUGACGCCUAGUAUCGAGAAACUUCUUGAAAGCGACGGGGAUGAGAGCGACUAGACUAAUUUUCUUUCUGGAUCUCUCGAUCAUGAGAUCUUUCGAAUCUUUUCCGCAUUUCCGAUGAUUCUUUUUUGUGCUUUUUAUCUUUCAAUGUUACUUGCAUCCGGAGUCUUUUGUUUAAGGGUCUUUUUGUUCUUUUUUGUAUAUUAUUAGAGAAUACAAGCAACAGAAAUCGAAUUCUGUGAUAGAAACACCACGCGUUUUUCGCAGACCGCCGCGAGUACUUACGCACACGUACUCGAGCAGGACAGUAAUCAAUCAAACACGAGGAAUUAUAUACGUCCCGAGUAUAAAUAAAGAGCAGGCUUGCUGAAUAUUAAAGAAAUCGUACAGUCAGGUUUCAGUUUAUGUUGAAGAGGAUUGCUGCUGUGUUAUUUAGCAAUAUGGAUGUAAUUGCCCCGUUCAGGAUGUUUGGUUUU